GCUUGGUUUCCCGGACUUCGGGAGGCGACGAGAUUGGUGAUUUCCGCGGCUGGGGCCGGUUCGGGGGAGAAGUCGUGGCCUGUCAGAUCGCCAGGUGGAGAGCGGGAGCUCCGAGUCGCGUGUGUCGGUUCCCCCGGCCGCUAGGGAGGUGGGCACCCCGGCCCGCGCCGGCCGCCGCGCCCCUCGGCGCCUAGCAGCGCAGAAGCCCGCAGCUAGGCCUUGCUUUUUAGGCGAGGACCGUAAUGGCGUCCCAGCCGAAUUCCUCCGGGAAGAAGAAAGAGGAAAAGGGGAAGAACAUCCAGGUGGUGGUGAGAUGCAGACCAUUUAAUUUGGCAGAGCGGAAAGCUAACGCCCAUUCUGUAGUAGAAUGUGAUCAUGUACGAAAAGAAAUUAGUAUACGAACUGCAGGAUUGGCUGACAAGAGCUCAAGGAAAACAUAUACUUUUGAUAUGGUUUUUGGAGCAUCCACUAAACAAAUUGAUGUUUACCGAAGUGUUGUAUGCCCAAUUUUGGAUGAAGUUAUUAUGGGCUAUAAUUGCACUAUCUUUGCGUAUGGCCAAACAGGCACUGGGAAAACCUUUACAAUGGAAGGUGAAAGGUCACCUAAUGAAGAGUAUACCUGGGAGGAGGAUCCCUUGGCUGGUAUAAUUCCACGUACCCUUCAUCAGAUUUUUGAGAAACUUACUGAUAAUGGUACUGAAUUUUCAGUUAAAGUAUCUCUGUUGGAAAUCUAUAAUGAAGAACUUUUUGAUCUCCUUAAUCCAUCUACUGAUGUUUCUGAGAGACUACAAAUGUUCGAUGAUCCCCGUAACAAGAGGGGAGUGAUAAUCAAAGGUUUAGAAGAAGUUACAGUGCACAACAAGGAUGAAGUCUAUCAAAUUUUGGAGAAGGGGGCAGCAAAAAGGACAACUGCAGCAACUUUGAUGAAUGCAUACUCUAGUCGUUCGCACUCAGUUUUUUCUGUUACAAUACAUAUGAAAGAAACUACGAUUGAUGGAGAGGAGCUUGUUAAAAUUGGAAAGUUAAACUUGGUUGAUCUUGCAGGAAGUGAAAACAUCGGCCGUUCUGGAGCAGUUGACAAGAGAGCACGGGAAGCUGGAAAUAUCAAUCAAUCUCUGUUGACUUUGGGAAGGGUUAUUACUGCUCUUGUAGAAAGAACACCUCAUGUUCCUUAUCGAGAAUCUAAACUAACUAGAAUUCUCCAGGAUUCUCUUGGGGGUCGUACAAGAACAUCUAUAAUUGCAACAAUUUCUCCAGCAUCUAUCAGUCUUGAGGAAACUCUGAGUACAUUGGAAUAUGCUCAUAGAGCAAAGAACAUAUUGAAUAAACCUGAAGUUAAUCAGAAACUCACCAAAAAGGCUCUUAUAAAGGAGUAUACAGAAGAGAUAGAGCGCUUAAAACGAGAUCUUGCUGCAGCCCGUGAGAAAAAUGGAGUGUACAUUUCUGAAGAAAAUUUUAGAGCCAUGAAUGGAAAACUAACCGUUCAGGAAGAACAGAUUGUAGAACUGAUUGAAAAAAUUGGUGCCAUUGAGGAGGAGCUAAGUAGGGUUACAGAGUUGUUUAUGGAUAAUAAAAAUGAACUUGACCAGUGUAAAUGUGACCUGCAAAAUAAGACACAGGAACUUGAAACCACUCAAAAAAAUUUACAAGAAACUAAAUUACAACUUAUUAAAGAAGAAUAUAUCACAUCAGCUUUGGAAAGUACUGAGGAGAAACUUCACGAUGCUGCCAGCCAGUUGCUUAACACAGUUGAAGAAACUACAAAAGAUGUAUCUGGUCUCCAUUCCAAACUGGAUCGUAAGAAGGCAAUUGAUCAGCACAAUGUAGCAGCUCAGGAUAUUUUUGGCAAAAACCUGAAUAAUCUGUUUAAUAAUAUGGAAGAAUUAAUUAAGGAUGGCAGCUCAAAACAAAAAGCCAUGCUAGAAGUUCACAAGACAUUGUUUGGUAAUCUGCUAUCUUCCAGUGUCUCUGCGUUAGACACCAUUACUACAACAGCACUUGGAUCUCUUACAUCCAUUCCAGAAAAUGUGUCUGCUCGUGUUUCUCAGAUUUCUAAUAUGAUACUGAAAGAACAGUCAUUAGCAGCUGAAAGUAAAACUGUACUUCAGAAAUUGAUUAAUGUACUUAAGACUGACCUUCUGAAUUCACUGGAAACGAUUUUAUCUCCCACUCUGGUGUCUAUACUGAAAAUCAAUAGUCAAAUAAAGCAUAUUUUCAAGACUUCAUUGAUGGUGGCUGAUAAGAUAGAAGAUCAGAAAAAGGAAAUGGAUGGCUUUCUCAGUACACUGUGUAGUAAUCUACACGAACUGCAAGAAAGUACAGUUUCUUCCUUAGCUGAAUCACAAAAGCUAUGUGAAAAUUUAACUGAAGACCUGAAGACCAUAAAGCAAACCCAUUCACAGGAACUUUGUCAAUUAAUCAAUCUUUGGACAGAGAGAUUCUGUGCGUUGGAGGAAAAGUGUGAAAACAUCCAGAAACCACUCAGUAGUGUCCAAGAAAAUACUGAGCAGAAAUCUAAGGAUCUGAUCAAUAAAACAACUUCCCACAGCACAAAAUUUUGUGCUGAUUCUGAUGGCUUGUCACAAGAACUGAAGUGUUUUAACCAAGAAGGUACAAAAUUGGUGGAAGAGUCUGUGAAGCACUGUGAUAAACUCAGUAGCGACCUUGAAAUAAUAUCUCAAGAGACUGAACAAAGGUGUGAGGCCCUGAACAUAAGCACACUUUGUUUUUCCGAGCAGUGGGUAUCUUGCUUAAAUAAAAGGCAAGAGGAACUUCAGAGCUUAUUGGAGGUUGUAAGCCAAGUUUGUGAGGCUUCAAGUUCAGAGAUUACUGAAAAAUUAAGUGGCCAUAAAGCAGCUAAUGAGAACCAGUGUAACACUUUCCUUGAUCAAAUAACUAUUGAUGAAGAGCUAUUGAUGUCACAAAGUCUAGAACUUAAUGAAACUAUAAAAAUUGGUUCGACUAAGCUUAAUUGCUUUCUGCAACAGGAUCUGAAACUGGAUAUCCCAACAGGUAUGACACCACAGAGGAAGAAUUAUUUAUACCCAUCAACACUGGUGAGAACAGAACCGCGUGAACAGCUCAUUGAUCAGUUAAAAAGGAAACAGCCUGAGCUUUUAAUGAUGCUAAACUAUUCAGAAAACAACAGAGAGGAGACCAAUCAGGACUUGGGUGAAGAGAAAGCAGUCCUGGGGCACACUGUUGCUGUUGAAGAACCUCUAAGCCAAGAUCCACCUGUAGAUGCUGGUGUCAAUUAUUCCUCAGGUGGUGGGGUUCCAUUUUUCCAGCAUAAAAAACCACAUGGAAGAGACAAAGAAAACAGAGGCAUUAACCCAGUGGAGCGGUCUAAAGUGGAAGAAACUACAGAGCACUCUCUUACAAAGAGCAGACUGCCUCUACGAGCCCAGAUAAAUCUUUAGUUAACCUGAAAAUUGGGAAUUUUAUUUUUAAGAAAAAUGAAAGAUGAAACCUGUAACCCCAGAACUUGCGCCUUGUGUAUAUAUUAAGAAUAGAAGUUAUCGAGGCAAUACUGUAAAUUUAGUUGAAAUUAAUAUAUCUACCCAUUUUUCUGUUAUCUCUGUAGUUCACUGUGUAUUACGUUGGGUUUCAUUUUGGAUUUGCAUUGAAUGAAUAUGCAUUUCUAGCUUUUGAUAUAAAAUAGCCCUUUCAUAACAAAUGAAAAAAAUAUUUUUCUUGGGUAUUGUUAAAUAGCAAAUAUACAGAAGCUAAGCUGUACUCUUCUUCUAAACUUGAACUUAUAUAGGUAAAUAUCUCCAACACUUGGCCUUGGAAAGACCAUCUCCUUUCUUUCCUUGUUAUGAUUGAAUUAUGUCUGUAUAUGCUUGCUUCCUUUGCUAGACUGACUUUCCUAUUCUGACUUCUUGUCAGCCCACUUUCUCCCAUGUUGUCACCAAACCAUUUGUAAAGCUACAAGAAUGUAUGUGUUCUUAUUGUAAAACAGCCAGAAUUUUACCUAAAAAUCUUUUCAGUGGUUAGCUCUAACAUCACUGUCAACAAUAAACAUAUCCUGGAAAUAUUCUUCCCUUACAUUUUUAGUUUGUUUCCCCCUAGAUAUGAAAGCCUUUCAUCCUUUUAUGAGGCCUAAGCCAUUACUCCAACGGAGUUCACAUAAAGUUAACUUUUCCAGAAUAUAGAUUGCUGUUGUGGGAGUACUCCCUAGAAUUCUGAUUAAUGGCUGCGUGGCCCCACUGUAAGGCCUAUAUCUUUUGGAGAAGGUCAUAAUUAUUUAAAGGCUUUUUGAAACUAAUAAUUAUGACUAUAAUUUAUAUUCUUUUAUUUACCUGAUAAAAUUUUUGUUGUUGUUUGUAUAUAAUAAAAUAUGUAUGUACAUAUUUUUCUCUAUUGAAAUCUUAACCCUACAAGGGCCCUGACAUUUUUGAUCUGACAGCCAAAUUUCUGGAGGUUGAGAUGUUUAAGCAUGAAAAACCACAGUACUUAAAAGGAAUAUGAGGGAAGAAUAAAUUUUGUGCCCACAUUGAGUUUAACUAUAAAUUUAGAGACUUGACUUUGAUAGUUAAGAAAGCCAAACCCUACAGGAAAAUUAGAAAAUGUGCCACUUUGAGGAUCUAAAUUAUCCUUGCAGAAGUGUUAACCAUUUUAAUAAAAAUAACAGAUAUAAUUUCUCUGCAAAAUCAGAUGUCAACAGAAGCUAUGGAUGUUGUUGUUAGCUGCUGUCGAGUUGGCCACUAACUCAAGGCUACCCCAUGCACGAAGGAAUGAAACAGUGCCCCAGUCCUGUGCCAUUUUCUUGAUGGGCUGGGUAUUGAACUGUUGUGAUCUUUAGGGUUUUCACUGGCUGAUUUUUGGAAGUAGAUCGCUAGGCCAUUCUUCCUAGUCCAUCUUAGUCUAGAAAUUCCACUGAAACCUGUUCAGCAUCACAGCGGCACUCAAGUCUUCACUGACGGAUGGCAGCUGUGCUUGAAGUACAUUGGCCGGGAAUCGAACCUGGGUCUCCCACAUGGAAGGUGAGAAUUCUAUUACUGAACCACCAAUGCCUUCUAUGCUAUGAAUAAUAUCUAAUAAAAUAAACCACCCUCAAUAAAUCCGUGAUUAAUAAAUUUGGUUUAUACAUUAACUUGCUUGCUCCAUACUUCUUAUCUGGCAAUGGGUACAUUUAUAGCAUUAAGCAAAAUGCAUUAAAAUUUCUAAAGUAAAUUUGUACACAGGUAUCAUCAAGGAGGAAGGGCCCUGGUAAAAGUCCUAGGCUUUCAGCUGGACUCCAAAAGGCUAUAUGUAGGCAUAAUAAGAAUGAAAAAUAGUCCAGCCCCCACAGGGUCUGUAAGUCUAGUUUCAAAUCAUCUCAUUCCCUGAGUGUAUUACGGAAAUUUGGGAGUGCUUAUGAAACUAGUUUAACUGCUUGGGGACAGAAGGAAAAAUAAAUCCUUUAAUGAGGAAUUUAAUAUCGGAGCCUUAAAUUAGCUCUACAAAUGUUCACAUACAAUAUUAAAAAAAAAAAAAAAAUUUUUUUUUUUUUUAAUA